AUGGCAGACUCACAAGCAAGGGGUCAAGGCAAUACGCUGGUAGUGGGUAUAUCCGGCCCCUCCUCCAGCGGAAAAACAACCCUCGCCCGCCUCCUGCAGCGCAUCUUCUGCGGGGUGGAUCUUGUACAGCCGACCCCAGGAACAGGACCAGGGACCGAGAAAGAGAGAUUGAAUACAUUCAUCAUUCAUGAAGACGACUUCUACUACCCCGAUGACCAAAUCCCCUACACAACCACGAAAUCCGGCGAAAGAAUCCAAGACUGGGAUACAGCCGACGCAAUCGAUACAAACUUCCUCGCCCAAGCACUAGCCUACGUCCGCGAGCACGGAAAACUACCACCAAGACUCCAAAGCAAAGAGGAUCAGAAUGACGAGACCGAUUCCGGCGUUGAGGAUGGAUUAGUGCAGGAGUUAAGAAGACUUGUUGCAAAGCGACUGGUCUCUAAUUCUAGCACCCAGUCUCAACCCAAAACAAUCGCAUUUAUGGAAGGAUUUCUUCUGUACUCUGCGCCGGAAGCCGACAAGGAUAAAAGUCCACUCCGCGCCGUUCAAGACCAGAUCCACCUCCCUCUUUUCUUACCGGCUUCGUACACGAAUGUGAAGACUCGUCGCGAAGCUCGGAGUGGGUAUGUUACUAUUGGACCUGUACCGGAUGCACCGACAAAUACAGAAGCGGAGUCGAAAUCGAAUGUAGGAUCUAAGGAUGCACCGAUCGAUCUGGAAGCAGAAGAUGAUCGGCCGCCGCAGAAUUUCUGGGUCGAUCCGCCUGGAUACGUGGAUGACAUUGUCUGGCCGCGGUAUGUGGAGGAUCAUGCGUGGUUGCUUAUUGCUGAUGAAAGUGUUGACGGGGGUUUGGUGGAGAAGGUUGGGGAGGGAGUUGAUGUCAGAGUUGAUGCUGGCGUGAGGGUUGCGCCGGGGCGGGGGCAAUUAGGUAUGGAUGUUGUUUUGAGAUGGGCUGUUGAGCAGAUUUUGGAAUUCCAUGCUGGGUUGUGA